AAGACGUACUAUUGUUUUUAACGACUGAAAUCUGAUUAUGGAGGCGGCGAAGAAAACUGACUUUUUCAUGAAAAACAUUGCAAGUUUGACAGUGUCAUGUUUAUAUUCGCAAUUGGAUUUAAAUUUACUUUCAACAGAGUUAACCUGUGAUGACUUUGAAGUUCGGUGCAAUGUUGAAGACCAUAGUUCGUUGUCGUCUGACGGGGAAUCCUCACUGGGACUGGAACAUGUACGGUAUUACGGCCUCAAUGACCAACUCGAACAGUUGAGAACAGAUGCAUAUUCAGAUUUUCAAGCUAAUGGAACCGAAGUAGAACUGGACGAACUAGAUAUUUAUCAAGCCUACCUCCGUGGUCAGAAUUUCAAAAACAUUAUCCCCGUGACCAUAGACGAACGAAACGACAAGGUCCUUGAAUAUUUGCUUCAAAAAGAACGAAAGAAGGCGAAACGGUCGAAGUCCGUAAAGGGAGGGAAAAAAGUUUGUGUCUUUUGCAAGAAUAAUGGAGAGCAAGCUUCCGUGUUUUCCAGUCACAUUCUUAAAGAUGACGAAGGACGAGUUUCUUGUCCAAUUUUAAGGAAGUAUACCUGCCCGCUGUGCGGUACCUCGGGUGACACUGCCCAUACUAUUAAGUAUUGUCCUUUAAACAACGGCGAUUUUACAAGUACAGCAUUGUUGAAAACGACGCGCUUGGCGACGGGCAAGAAAAGGAAAUGUUGACAUUAAAAGAGAACCUAAAGCCUGACCAGAACAUAAUGUGCUACUGACUUUUUAACAAUGUUUUGUCUUUGUGAGACUUUUUAAUUUUUGAGUUUGAAAGAACGUUGUUUAUGAUCGACGACGGUGAUUAGAAAGAGUGAUGUUUCAAAGAAAUGUGCCAUUUUGACUUGCAAUACAAUAUGAACUUGGGUUAACUUAAAAUUAAGCAUAGGUUACUUCAGAAGAAAUGUUUUGCUUGCAGAAGUGUGCUAUAUUUUUUCUUCUCUUUUUCUUGCUUUGCUUUUGUUUUUUCAUUUUUUAAAAUCCAAUUUACACUAUUUUAAUAUUUACUUGUGGUUGCACGCGUGUUUGGUAUGUAUUUGUAAAUAUAUACUUAAAAGUUAAUGCAUGAUUUGCAUAAAUUUAAUUAUUUAUUGUGCUGGAUUUAGCAUAGAAUUGUUAAUUUCAUUUUUAGUCCAAAAGACCCAUUUUAUAGUAUUACAAAUUUUACAUCCGUGAUUCAAAGUAAAAUGUAAUUUUCAUGAUAUCUGGGAUAUGUAUAAUGGUGUAAAUAACGUGAUUUUUUUGUGUGAAAUCAAUACAUUUCAAUUUAUUCAA